CUCUCUCUUUCUCGGUCAAUUUAAAACCAACCUUUAAUAUUUAAAAAACAAAAAUGUCAAAAUUCAUAGUCACAUAAAGAAAUUUAAAAAAAAAUUACUUAAAAAUGUCUAAUAAAUAAAAAAUUUAGCAAUUCAUAGAAAAAAAAAAAUAAAUAAAUAGAUAAUGCAAAUUAUAAAGUAAUAAAUAAAUUUUAAAUAAAUUACAAAAUGGAGACAACUAGUUUGUUAAUAUAUAACAAAAAUUCAGGAGGUUAUUUAACUCGUUUGAUUUGGAAUAUACUUUUGGCUGAUGGUGAAUUACGUGCAUUUUUUAAUUUAGGAAGAAAUUGUAGUUUUGUUACAAUAUUUAUGAUUGGAUUAAUAAUCAUCAUGGCUGCCUGCACAUUUAUGAGCACGAAAAUUGCAAAUUCAAAUGAAUUUCACAGUCGUUCGCUGCAAAACGAAGCAAACGAGAAAUUGCCAAGAAGGCAAAGUAUUUUAAGGGUGAGACCAGCGUACAAUUGUAUUCACAAACACUUGCAGCAAACGGAGGUUUUUCAAGAAAAGACGAAGCAAACGCUGCACAAGGAGCAUUUGGAGAUUGAGUUGAUGAAGAGUCGAAUAGCUUGCAUGAACAAACUUCUCAGAUCGUAAAGAAAUAUAUUCCCGUUGAAAUUGACGAUGCUAAAAGUAAAAUGAAGAGUAGAAAGUCAAGUUUAUUUUUUAAUUUUCAAUUGCUGGUUAAAAAAUAAAAUAAAAUAGAAUACGAUAAUUUUUAUCUCAAUGGAAAACAGUGCUCGCUAACGAGCGCUAAUAACCCGUGCCCCCACAGCUCAAGAGAAGGAAAAAAUAUAUUUUUAUUUUAUUUAAUCUUUCUCCCUUGGUCGAAAAAAUACACCCUGGAAUUUAGCUGGUUUAAACGAGCACGCCACUUUGAAACAUCGGCUCGUUAGUGUUCAUUUUCAUUUACUUUUUCUUUCCUUUUUUUUUGUUUCGAUUGUGUUUUUUUUUUUCUAUUUUCCAGUAGCAUGUUGGACCUUUUAAAAUGCAAACAAAAUACUCUCGUAUCCCCUAUGUGACGCUAAAGAAAAAAAAUAUAUAUUUUUGAUCAUAGAGUAUACGUUUUUUUUUGUAAUUUAUUUUUAUCCCUUUUAAAUUUUGCAAAUGGAAAUUAUAAAAAUAACACACAAGUGAAAUUGGAAACUAGAUAAAUGUAAAUUAAAAAAAAAUAUAUUCUAAUUAAAAUGAGAUAUGAUUAAUGAGGCCAACAUUGUAUCUCGACAUUGAACAGAUAUUCCGAAAAUGUGUGCAUAAUUUAUGUAAUAUACAGACCAACUUGGUAGUAUCAUUUUUGCAUCACUUUACGACAACGAGUGUUGAACUUUACGAGUUUGAAUUAUUCAAGAAUUUAAAUAUCAUUUAUGUUAUAUAACUUGAAUAUAACGUGCAUGUGAAUGACAUUUAAUACAAAUAUAUUUCUUAAAAUUUUAAAAAAUAAAUAAAUAAAUAAAACCUCUACUUAUAAAUUAA